AUGUCUUCUGUUUCAUUAGCCACACCAUCAAGAUGCGACAAUGUCGAAAAGGUCCAUAAAGAAAAAACUGGUUCCAAAGUACGAAUACGAGCUCUUUUGGGUCGUCUUUUCAAUAAUGGCUCUGAUAGUGAUUGUGCACAGAACGGAAUUGCAAAUCAACAUAGUGCAAAUGAAAUAUCAGGGCCAUACAACACAGUUCACAGGAUACAUGUUGGUUAUGAUGGACAAAAGUUUACUGGAUUGCCACAAUCUUGGUUGGAAAUGCUGCAGCGAGACAUAACAGAAAUAGAUCAAAAACGUAAUCCAACUGCUGUUGUAGCUGCUUUAAAGACUUAUGCCCAACUGUUCAAACAAAAUGACUGUGACAGAUUUAUGAUAACUCAAAAGUCUGUUUAUGCUGAUGAUGAUUUUGUCGUCUAUGGCACAAGCGGGCAAGAAAUUUCUCGAACUUCUGCUAGUCUAACUCCUAGUACAAAUUCCAGCGGAUCACAUGGUAAUUUAAACGACUGGGACAAUUUUGUUUAA